GUAGAAACUUAACAAUUGCACUGACCGGGACCCAUCCCUCCUGUGAAGAGAUGCUCGCCUUAAAUUCUGUGCAGUUUGAUUCUACAUUAAACUACUCAUAUCUAGAUACAGUGUUUCAAGAUUCGUUCAGCAAACACUCCAACAGUUUUCCACAGAUCAAUGAGCCUGACACUCAUGCAGAUCUCUUUUGGAAUUUGGAGCAACAAGAUCCUUGUUAUGAUAUUUACAAGAAUGGACAGUUAACCCCUCUCCAAAAUGUUGAAGUUUCCUACUUGCAAGGCACCUAUCAAAACUUUUGCCCAGACAAUGUUCAGACCAUGGAUGGCACAACUCCCUGCAUAACACAAUACCAACUGCCUGAAAACAUGUAUAAUGCAGAGGCAUACACUGAUUACACAACAUACCAGGUGUCAUGCAACCUCCCAAGUCCUUCACUGUCUGAGGAAGAAAGGUACAGUAACGUGGAAAGCCCGCCUCUAGAGGUUUCAGACAGCGAUUCUGAUGGAACCUUUUCUCCUGGAGAAGCCAGCAGUUAUGACUCAGGAGUACGGAAGAAAGUACGUCUUUAUAAAUUUCUGCUGGAGCUCCUACAGAAUGGGGAUAUGAGAGAUUGUAUCUGGUGGCUGGACCGUGAGAGGGGAACUUUCCAAUUUUCCUCCAAGCACAAAGAAUUAUUAGCUCACCGCUGGGGGCAACAGAAAGGCAAUCGCAAGAAAAUGACCUAUCAGAAGAUGGCCCGGGCUCUGCGCAAUUAUGGCAAGACUGGAGAGAUCCGCAAAGUCAAGAAGAAGCUGACGUAUCAGUUUGAUGGUGAGCUGCUCGGAGAAAGAAAGGUGGAAUCUUCAAUGCUCCUGCUUUCCUAAAUUUGCCUUCAUCUUGAGGCUGAGCAAUAAAAGACAAGGAUGGACGUUAUUCUGUCAGCUUUCAGUUUUGAUAUUUCAUCAUUUAUAUUUAGUGAGUGUAGAUGAGGUUUCAAAUGACAAGUGAAAUACUAAAAAAUGACUUCAAAAUGAGGCUGAGAAAGCAAUGCUACAGUAUCUAUGCAAUGAGUAACCAUCUUACCAAGACCCUGAGCUUUCAGCAGAAGUAGACUGGUUCUCAUAAAUGAAUUGCAAAUAGUAAAUGUAGCAUGCAGAAGAGUAGGAUGAGGAAAAACACCGGUUUUGGUGAAAGUGAUGACAGAUGGUGUGAAAUAAAAAGCGAAUGGCCUCAUUUCUGUGCAGAUCCCAUGGGAAGCCAAAGGAUACAUAAACGAACUAUGGGCUUGUCACUGCCAGUUAUUCACAUGGACAAUUAUGGGCAUCAGUACCAGUUUGAUUGUCAUCUACUGACUGCUAGUGACACAUUGACAGCUUCCUAAGAGUUGGUUAUUGUCAUCUGUUUUAUAUGUAUUCUAUUGCACCUUUUUUUUCUUUGUGCAAAUAGUUUGUUUCAUUUUUGUUUUCUUCCAUAUUGGAUAGAGUAUUGUAGAACUAGAUCAGAAUUGUUAUUUUAAUUAGUCAUAGAUUGCUCUAUGUGGUUUCAAAGAGCAGGUAAUUAUAAAUAUAUUGAAGGUCCCAUGUUAUCUUAAUGCUAUGCAUAUGUUCUUAUUUAAGGGAAACUACAGCUCAGAUUUUAUAAGAAGGCAUCAACUCAGGGAUAUCAGGAAUAUAUAUAUAUAAACAGAAGAUCAUAGACAGACACACCUGUAAGUCAGUGAGUAUACAGUGUCAUUUAUAAAAUAUAAAUUAGGAUUUAUCAGACAUUAUUAUUUCACUUGUAGGCGCCCAUUUGACAUAGUGAAAAAUAAACAGUAUAAUUUAAGCUGUAUGGGUGACAGCUAAACUUUAUUAAAAGGCUCUAAAAUACUUUAAAUCUUUUUAUUGGAUUCAGAACAGAAGUGUUUAAAUCCACCGUUUUGGAGGAUGUGAGAAUGGUUGGAGAUUAUGCUAUUAUAAAAAAAGAUGAUAUUGAUUUCUUGGUUAGGUCGCCAUUUACCGCAUUUUGCCUGCCCCUACUUAAUACUGAUACAGCUUGUGUGACUAUCCUGAUUGUAUACAUUGUAUUCAUUAUAAAUGUAGAUAAUAGUUCAUUCUCAGUUUUUAAUACAAACACCUCCACAUUGAUAAAAAAAACAACAACUACCUAACAGCGUGAAGAUAUUAAUUCAGUUUCUAAACACAGUGAGAUAAUAAUUCUGGGCCUGCAACAUCUACCAAUACUGUGGUCAAAAUGAGUGUUUGCGGUAUGAUAACGUUAGCUUUUUUAUUGCUUAGACAAAAUUUGGUUGUUAAAUGUGUUGCGGUCUAACCUACUGGGUGGCAGAACACAUUCAUAACUGGCAGCUAAGGAACAUAAAACAUAUUACAUAACCUAAAAGGCAUAAAAAAGUAUAACAUACAUGAUGAAGCUUUAAAAAAAAAAUCAUCUAAAAUCCCUGCUUUCCUUGAAAUUUCUGAAGGCAACAUUGCCUCCAUUGCAUUGCCCUUCCCUUUAAAUAUGCGUUGCAUCACUUAUUCCUGUAUUCUCCUUUAAACUGCCUGCCGGCCUGCUUGUAGCCAAUCCAGAGCACUUAUGGGAGUGUUCAUGGAAACAUAUUAUGAUAGCAAUGGAAAGUGUCAAAGGCCAAUGCCUUUGGUGCUUCAGAAGAAACACAGGAGACAUCAGGGGACAGUUUACUGUAAAACAGUUUUAACCUUAAUGUGUUUCCAAUUACUUGUUAUACCAGCUGUAGAGUAUAAAAUGUAUUAGAAAUUGCUCAAUUGUGUUUAUUUUUGUAUUUGAAAUAGCUGUUUUUGUUCUUUAAAACCACAACCAACCAAAAUGGGUUGAGCUUGCAGGGAAAUCAGAUAACCCUAUUUUAUCACUUUCUGUACACACACAUACUUAUUUAUAUUGUCUCUGCUUGUAAACCAAAGUUCAAAACUAUUAACAUGUUAUUGCUUAUGUCUCCUACACCCACUGGGAGUGUAAUUGUUUUCUUUGGCCUACACUUAAAGGGAUACUGAACCCAGUUUUUUUCUUUCAUGAUUCAGAUAAAGCAUGACAUUUUAAGCAACUUUCUAAUUUACUCAUAUUAUCAAUUUUUCUUCGUUCUCUUGCUAUCUUUAUUUGAAAAAGAAGGCAUCUAAGCUAAGGAGCCAGCAAAUUUUGGGCUCAGACCAUGGACAGCACUUGUUUAUUGGUGCUGUCCAAUCAGCAAGGACAACCCAGGUUGUUCACCAAAAAUGGGCCGUCAUCUAAACUUACAUUCUUGCUUUUCAAAUAAACAUACCAAGAGAAUGAAGACAAUUUGAUAAUAGGAGUAAAUUAGAAAGUUGCUUAAAAUUGCAUGCUCUAUCUAAAUCAGGAACAAAUUUGGGUUCAGUGUCCCUUUAAGUAUAGUAAAUUGCAGUAUAGGUAGGAAUACCACAGGCAAAAUCAGGUAUAUCAAAUGCCAAAAUAAAGUAAACGGAAACAUUUGUAAACAAUGUAUUAUACUCCAGCAUGUAAAUUCUGUAUUUGGGGACAAAUUAAAGGGGAGAAAAAAUUAUCUACAGAGGGAAACAGCAGAUUUCUUGUAUAUACUUUUUGUUCUUUGUGAAGAGGCUGUUAAUAUAUAAAUAGUUGUAAAUUGAUAUGCAUUUUCAGAAUAAAAUAAACAAAUUAUAGAAGA